AUGAAAAGUCUAACAUCCAAGGAUUAUAUAGAUAAAUAUACUCAUAUAUUUCAAGAAUCCUUAGCUCUUUGUAUAUAAUAUAGAAGAGAUAAGGAAUGGGAUUAAAUAAUAAAUUUAUUAGGAGAUCAUAUAACAGAAUUUGAUAAGCUACCAAAUGCAAUAAAACAAAAAGUUGAUUAAUUCACAAAAAGUUCAUUAUAUUUUUUUUUGGCAGAAGCUUAAUAUCAUUUAAAAUAGAGUUUAACAGCAGAAGGAUUAUUGGCUCUUGAUACAAACGAUGAGAAAAUUAAUUAAAUAAAAGCAAAAACUUAUUUCAUGUUAUAUAAAUAAACAAAUAAAAUUGAACACAUAGAAUAUGCAGCUAAAUUAGCAGAUUAAUUUUUUGGAAGUGAUCAUAAAAUAAGUUAAUUAUAUUAAACAGAAUUAGAAUAGAGAUAAAGAAAAAUUAAAUUUUUACAGUUACAAUCAAUUCCUAACUUUGAUGUUUUUAAACAAGGUUUAGAAUUUUAGUAUUUUAAAAAUUAAAGUAAAAAAGUAACAAUAUAAACAAAAGGUAGAAAAAUGCAUUUAAGUGAAAUUGAAAAAUUAACAACAGAAGCAUCUACUUUUGAACCAUCUAAAAAAAUUAGAUAUAAAGGUAAUGAAUCUUUGUUGAGAAUUUCAGAUUAAAAAAUGAAUUUAUUUCUUCCUCUUUAAAGUUCUAAUCUUAAUUCUAAAUCAAUAAUUUAAUUCAGAUAAAACACAGUUACAAGUGAAUUAAGAGGAUCUAAUAAAUUAGAUUCAAUUCAAGAUAUACCAAUAGAAACUAAUAAUCUAUAAGAAUUACUUUUAUAAAGACCUUAAUCAUGUAAAUAGAGACAUCCUAAAAAAUUAGUUAAAAAUCAAUAAUCUCCAUAAAAACAUCAUCAUUAAUAAUCAAGUAUGUAAUAAUAAUAAUAAUAAAGUCGAAAUACUCUAUUAAAGAGAAGUUAAAUAAAACUUCAUUAAUAAAAUAUUAUGAAAAGUAGUUCGAAAUAACGUAUAGAUGUGAAAGAAUAAUCAUAACCUAAAAUUUUAGAUUCUAAAUCAAUAUAAUGUGAAAUGUCAGAAUAAUCAAGUUUUUUUAAAAUUGAUUAAUAAAGAGGUUAAUAAGAUUUAAACUUUCAUUUUUCACCUAGAAUUGGUCAAUCCUAUUAUAGUUUAAAUACAAGUAAUGGUAUAAGUAAACAUUAAAUUGAUAAUGAAUAUUUACACAAUAGAUUAGAUGGAUUACAUAAAAUAUAAUAAGAAGAUGCUUUAAGAAUGAUAAUAAAGAAUUUUAGAAGUUUUGUAUAAAAAUAAAAGAUUUUAAAGAAUUAAGAUUUAAUGAAAAAAAGCAUAGCUAAAUCCCAUUUUUCUAAUUUGAUUGUUGAAGUUGGAGCUACUAAAAAUAUGUUAAUAGAAGAAAAAAUAGCAAGAAUUAAAUCUAUAUUACAUAUAUGUUAAGUAAUAGAUUAAGGUUCAUUAAAAUCAUGGAUAAUUUAUUCACCUAUUAAAUAAAUAAAUACAGUUGCUUGGAAAAUCAAGAAUAUUUCAUGGUUUAUCUUUAAAAGAUUAAAAACUAAAAAAACUUAAAUUCAUCCUGAUAUAGCCAAAUUAUAUAAAGAAUUACCUAAGUAUAGAUAAAUUAUAGAAGUAUGGAGUAAUAGUAUUGAUGGUACUAAUGCUAUUUUUGUUUUAAGUGUUUAAAUUGAAAUAAAAGGAAAAUCAUAUGAUAUUAGAUUACAUCUCAAAAAUAUUUAAAAUAUAUCCAAAGAUUUUGAGAAUACAUUUUCUAGUACUGAACUUAUAUCUUAAUUAAUUAAUGUUUAUUUUUCAUCUCAUGGCAUUUAAUAUAAUAAUUCUAUAAAACCUACAACUUAAGUUAUUUAAACAAAAUAAACUCUACUUAGAUAAGAUAUUUUAAAAAAAGGAUGUUAAAAUAUAUCAAAUCAUCUUAAUCAAUUGUUUGUUAAUAAUUUUUUGUAUAUGAAAACAGAGAAUGGAUUCAAAUUUAGAAGAGUGAGUUUUUCUGAAUAAAUUCUUGAAAAUUAAGUUGAAUUAUAUAGAUAAAUUGAAUAAAGAAGAAAAUUAAUUUAAAAAACAUUUUCUCCAUUUCAUGUUGGUAGUAGAUAUUUUGGUAUUAAAAAUUCUAAUUUAAGAAAUUAAAAAUUAUUAAAAUCUUUAUCAAUAGCAAUAGAAAUGUAAUCUCCAAUUUUAUAAUCAAAAGGAAUGUCACCAUAUAAUUAUUGGUAAGGAUUAAGAUCAUAAUCCUUUAAAGUAGAAUUUUAAGAUGAAAUUAUUGAAGAACCAAGUUUUACUCCAAAAUCAGGAUUAUCUUAAGCUUCACCUAGAUCAUCUAUGUCUCCACAAAUCAGAUAAAAGAAUAAUACUUUUUCUUCAUUUUCUUAAAGUUCUUCAAGUCUUAUGAAAAAAUCUAAACUAAAAUAAAAACCUAUUGUUGAUGAUUACUUCAAAAAUUAUCCAAAAUAAAGAGAAAUAAAAUAAUAAGAUCCCAUCCCUUUUAAUCCUUAUUAAAGUUAGUAAGAAAUUAUUUAAUGAUUUUAGAUAGAUUUUGAUUCUUUAUUUAGCACGUAAUAAAGAAGGUUGGCAUUUUAAUUAUCUAACAUUUACCUUUAAUUUUGAAAACCCAGAGUUUUUUGGUCAUUUUCUUUUACAUAGUUAUUUAAUUGGAGAUAAAGAAGUUAUUUAAUCUUGUUAUUCAUUAUUAAAAUUUAGUCAAAUUGUAGAAAUUGAUAUUUCUAUUUUAAAAAUUUAUUUGGGAUAUUACAGAAAUAUCCCUUAUAUAGCUAAAUUAAAUUUUAUUAAUUAAAUUAACAAAAUAGAAAGACAAUCAAAUUAAUAAAUUUAUGAUAAUAGUUUUUAUGAUCGUCCUGAAUAUAAAAUCACAAAGAAAUUAGAAAGAAAAUCUUUAAUUCUUGAUAAUUCACAAAUCAAUAAAGAUCAUUAUUAUAUUUUUAGUUUCAAACCUUUAAAUUAAUAACGCAUACUAUUUAGAAUUAAAUAAUCAUUCUUUAAAGGGAAAGAAAUCUAUGAAUUAUAUAUAUACAAAAUCUCAUAACCAUAGUUUAUUAAAAUUAAUAAUGAAUUAAAUUUAGGGAAAUUGUAAGAUUUAUUUAAAAAAAUACUCUAUCAACAAAGUAGACCAAUGAUUGGAGAGUUUUAAUAGUUUUAGAGAGUUUUAAAUUAUUAUAUUCUUAAAGAAUAUAAAUCUAAUGGUAGUUGUGCUACUUUAGGAUUUUAAAAUUAAACAAAAUAAAUAUUUAAUUAUGAAAUAAAAUCUAGUUAAACAAAAGAGAUUUAUAAAAUAGUUCUAAAACAUUUAGUUGCUAAUGAGUAAAGUCAUAUAAAGAAUUUAUUGAGAACUUAUUGUAAAAUUACAAAAUUUCAAGUAGUUUCUAAGUUAAAUAAUUUUAAAGGAAUGAAUUUAUUAUAAUUUACAGAAUAUUUGAUGGAAGGAGAUAUAAUGAUUUUAGAAAUUUUAAUAUUUCCUUUUGAAAAACGUUUAUCAUCUUUUAAAACUUUUCUUAAUCAUAAUGAUUUACAAACAUUCUAGAUUUUAAAUCUUUCUGUAGAGGAAAAAGCAUUAUUUUUAAAGAAUUUAUUAAGUUUAUCUUAUAAUGGUAAUUCAUAGUAGGUUCAUCUAUCUUUGAAUUCUAAUUAUAAGUAUGUAAAUUAAAUAAAUGAGAAUAUGGGAUCAAAGCAAAAUACUAAUUUAUUUAUAAAAUAGAAAUAAGCGAUCUAAUUAUUAUUUUAAAAAGUCAAGAAAUUGAGUAAACAUUUUCUUAUUGUAUCAUUAUUUUAAAAUACAUUAAAUCAUGAUUUAAUAAUUCAGAUUUACAUUCCAAAUUUAUGUAAAUAAUUUAGAAGUGUUAUGUCUGAUUAUGAAUUUGGAUAAUUACACCCAUAAAAAUUGGAAAAGAUAAUUCCUGGAAAUAUCUUAGAAAAUUUGGAUGAAUAUUUGAUUCAAUUUCCAUAAAGAUAUAACAGUUUUAUAUAAUUUAUGAGAUAAGAAAAACUAUAGAAUAGUGAUGAGCAAUUUUCAAUAAAAUCAAGAUUAAGUGAAAGAUCUGGGAUUUCUUCAAUUAGUAUUUAAAAAUUUAAAGAUCAAUAUGAAUAAAUGCUUAUAAAUUAAUAAUAAUCUGAUUUAUCUCAUGGAUAUAAUAAUUAUCGUUCUCAAGCCCAGUCAUAAACUGGUCAUCAUUAUUAGACUUAGAUGAAAUAAAGUUAAAAAAUCCUAAGAACCGAAAGUAAAAAACCUUCUUCAAGAACAUAUUUUGGCAAAUUAUCUCAUCCUUAGAGAGUAGCACAUGAUGUUUAAAGUAACAUUUUUUUAUAAAUUUUAUUUAGUAUUUAAAGAAAGAGUUAGUGUAAAACAAUCUAUCACUAAAUUUGAUACAUUUUAUGAUAUUUCUAAAUUAUCAUAAGUUUUAAAAAUUGCAGCUUUAUCAAAAAAUAUUUCUUAUAAAUUUAUUAUGUGUUAUGUAAAAUUUAUCAAUUUAUUUAGUUUUGGGAAUAUAUGAUAGAUGAUUGUAACAUUAUUAUGACUAAUUAUAAUAAAUAUAUCUUAUAAAUAGAUACAUAUAGAGGCAUAUUAAGAUAAUUAGGGUAUUGUAAUAUAUUUAUUAUUUGCAGAGUUUCUAAAUAAGUUUUUAUUGAUGAUGACUAUUAAGCUGAAAUAUUUUUUGAAUAAUAAUAAGUAGAAUAUGGUUCAAUGUUUGAAAAAUAUAGUUUUAUAUCUCUCAAAGAAUCAUAAAGUACAAAUAUCUAUUUCUCCUACAAAAAAUUAGAUAAUUAAACUUAGAAAACAAUCAAUUUAAAAUGUUAAUUUAGAUAAUGUGUUUACAAUUAUUCAUCAGUAUUAUUCAUUCUUAUUAAUUAGUUGAAUUAAAUCUCUUAUAAUACAGCUUUAAGAAUACUUAAACAAAGUAGUGACUAUUUAACUGAUUAAAUCAAGAAUUUAAAAAAAGUAAUUGAAUUCCCUAAAGUUGAUAUUAAAAGCAUUUAAGCUUUAAGAACCAAUAAAAAAUCUAUUAAAUUAGAAACUUAUAUUAAUAAGUAUAAAAAAUAAAUAGUUUAGUCAUUCUAAAUAUAAGUUUAUUUAUUCAUCUAGAUUGAUGAUGAAAGUAAUUGUGACAAUCUUAUAUAAAAAAGAAAGAUUUUAUUUUUAUUUAGAAGAUUGUCAGAAAUAGAUUGAAUUUCCAAUUAAAAUGUCAAUAAAAUCUGUAUAGGAGAACAUUCCACAUAUAUAAAUGCUUCUCAAAUGUUAAUAAGAAUAUACAAUUGGAAAAAGAUUAUUGUCAACUUAUAAAAACUUUUUAAUAAUAAAAGCAUAUGAAAAGUUAUUUAAAUUCAAUAAUUGA